AUGGGGGCUCGACAUCGGCCCUCGGGUUCCGGACCUUUCCUUCCGCACAACCGAGUCAGCCAACCAACCGGGUCCUCCCGCCACCUGAGAUCUCGGGUGAUCGCUCUCGCGAUUCCGGAGGCGCUAAUCACGCAGGCGCGCUGGUCCCAGUCUCCAUUAAUAUGCCACAAGAACAAUGAAUAUGCCGUUGCACGUUUUCUUUAUUCAUGGAUUUAUGGAUAUUUGGAUUGUUUCCACUUCGUGACUGUUAUGAAUAAUGUUUUCUUGAACCUCCAUGUCGUACAUGUUAAGGAGAUCUCUCCAAUGGCAAGGCCAGAUGUCACCAGACACUGCUUUUUUGUGCCUUUCCCCGUGACCAGCACUGCUCCAUUGCUACUCAACCCUGUAGAGCUGAACCAGCGCAGCCUGGCCUUCCACGCCACCUGCGACGCCGCAGCCCACAACGCGGGCUUCCUGUACAAGAAGGGCGGCCGGCAUGCGGCCCACCGCCGCCGCUGGUCUGUGCCGCGCGGCACCAUGCUCUUCUGCUUCCGGGACGGGGCCAGCGGUGAGCCCGUGGAGGGCUGCACCGUGCAGCUGGUGGAGGCGGCCGAGGAGUUCGCCUUCGCCGUGCGCUUCGCUGGGGCCCGGGCCCGCACCUACGUGCUGGCGGCCGAAAGCCGGGCCGCCAUGGAGGGCUGGGUGAACGCGCUGUCGCGGGCCAGCUUCGACGACCUGCGGCUGGUGGUGCGCGAGCUGGGGCACCGGCUGGCGGCCGUGCGCGCAGGCGGCCCACUCCCGCCCAAGGAGGACGGCUGUGCCAUCUGGAGCGCGGAGACCCCCAACGCCACCGCCCCCAGCCCCCGGCCCAGCCCCGAGACCCCGCCACUGCCGCCUCGCCGGCGGGCCUCGGCACCCAACGGGCCUCUCGACUCGGCCUCCCUCGCCCAGCUGCAGGAGUGGUACGGGCAGGAGCUCAGGGCGCUGAGGAUCCAGUGGCUCCGCAGCCAGGCCCAGCCCUGA